AACAAUCUCACCAGUGUUGGUUGGUGUUGUCUGCAUUGACUACAUUUAAAAACAAAUGAAACCAUUACAUUUUCUUUCGAAAUAACGGUUCUGUGAAUUACUUUAGACUACGUGCAAGUGUUCUCACCAUUUUCCCGCGUGUUGAUAAUGGCGUAGUGAAAGGACAUCGCAUAGGGUGUUAUGGCUAACGUUAGCUUGCUACGCUAGCUGCAGUUUGGGUCCGAGGAUAUUAUCAAGCUGCCCUCAACCCGAGGCCAACUGGUCUUCCUAACUGAGUAAAGUAAAAGUAGCGCAAGGAUGUCGGACUCAGACAGUGAUGAAGACCAAGACCGCCCCUUCUCUCUCACUGGCUUCCUCUUCGGGAACAUUAAUGAAGAUGGUCAGCUGGAGGGAGACAGCGUGCUGGACACUGAAUCCAAAAAGCACCUGGCUGGCCUGGGCUCCCUGGGACUGGGCAACCUCAUCACAGAGAUCACUGCUAGUGAGGAAGAUGAUCCUGACGAGGACAGAGACACAGGUGGCACAGACGCAGAGGGCUGGGUGAAGAACGAUGCAGAUGCAGUUGAUUAUUCUGACAUCAACGAGGUGGCUGAAGAUGAGACUAAGAAGUAUCGUCAGGCCAUGGGCAGCCUGCAGCCUACCAGGAGGACAGAUGAUGAGGAUGACUAUGAUGCAGAUUGUGAGGAUAUUGAUGCCAAGCUUAUGCCCCCUCCACCUCCUCCAAGUCUCCCCACGCCUGGUGGCAAGAAAGACGACUCCUCUCCCACGGCUGCAAGUGUCGGGGAUGAAGGAGACGGGAUCAUCUUGCCCUCCAUCAUCGCUCCUUCCUCUCUGGUAGACAAAGUGGACUUCAGCAGUUCCUCAGACUCUGAGUCGGAGACAGACCGGCCCUCUACAGGCCCUGGGUCUGGGGGUCCUCCAGCCUGCCUCAGCCUGCCCCUGGCUGGCAUCAUGCAGAAGGAUGCUGCCAAAGCCCUGCCUGGCGUCACACAGCUCUUCCCAGAGUUCAGGCCUGGAAGGGUGCUGCGGUUCCUUCGACUGUUUGGCCCUGGGAAGAACAUGCCGUCGGUGUGGCGGAGCGCACGGAGGAAGAGGAAGAGGAAGCACCGCGACCCUCAGCCAGGGACACCCCCACCAGAGGGCGCUGAGCCCAUGGAGCAGCAGGGACCAGAGAAGAAGUCUGGCUGGGAUUAUGAGUACGCCCCACCUCCACCCCCAGAACAGUGCCUGUCUGACGACGAGAUCACCAUGAUGGCCCCAAUAGAGUCCAAGUUCUCCCAGACCUCUGGAGACGGGGACAAGGUGGCAGAGUCCAGGCCCAAGGUGGCAGAGUGGCGCUACGGUCCGGCCCAGCUCUGGUACGACAUGAUGGGGGUCCCUGACGAUGGCAGUGGCUUCUACUACGGCUUCAAACUGAAGGAGAAGGAGGACGAUGAGCAGGAGAAACGGGAGAGGCCAGAACCACCACCACCUUUACAACUUCCCAAAGAGGAGGGCAGUGGUGACGAAAAGGACGAACAGGCCCUGGAGAACGAGCUCUUUCUGAUGGUCACCCAGCUUCAGUGGGAGGACGACAUCAUCUGGAAUGGAGAGGAUGUGAAACACAAGGGCACUAAGACCCAGCGGGCCAGUCUGGCAGGGUGGCUGCCUUCCAGCAUGACCCGUAACGCCAAUGCCUACAACGCACAGCAGGGUAUUCAUGAUGUCUAUCUACACUCUACAGGUCUGAGUAGGAGUAACUCUCAGCUGGUGCCCCCCACUCCUCCACCCAUGCCCAAAGCCCCCUCCAUCGGCUCUGGCUCCAAGAGGGACAAACACCACCACGACCAUCAUGCCUCUCAUGAAGACGAUGCCCCUUGGUUCUCCAUCUUCCCCAUUGACAAUGAGGAACUGGUGUAUGGGCGCUGGGAGGACAACAUCAUCUGGGAUGACCAGGCCAUGGAUCGGAUGCUCUCACCCCCUGUCCUCACCCUAGACCCCAACGAUGAGAACAUAAUUUUAGAAAUCCCAGAUGAGAAGGAGUCUGAGCAUAUGUCCCACUCCCCGUCUAAGGAGAACAAGAAGGAGUCAGCACUGAAGAAGAGUCGCAUCCUGUUGGGGAAGACUGGGGUCAUAAAGGAUGAGCCUCAACAGAACAUGUCCCAGCCUGAGGUGAAGGACCCAUGGAACCUGUCCAAUGAUGAGUUCUAUUACCCUAAGCAGCAAGGCCUGAGGGGCACCUUCGGUGGCAACAUCAUUCAGCACUCCAUCCCUGCAGUGGAGCUGAGGCAGCCGUUCUUCCCUACUCACAUGGGACCCAUGAAGCUGCGUGGGUUCCACCGGCCCUCUCUGAAGAAGUACUCAUUCGGGACAUUGUCCCAGCCAGGACCCCAUGCAGCACAGCCCCUACUCAAACAGAUCAAGAAGAAGGCCAAGAUGCGAGAGCAGGAGCGCCAGGCUUCCGGUGGAGGUGACAUGUUCUUCAUGCGGACAGCUCAGGAUCUGACGGGGAAAGACGGAGACCUGAUUCUGGCAGAGUACAGCGAGGAAUACCCUCCGCUCAUCAUGCAAGUUGGCAUGGCAACCAAGAUCAAGAACUACUACAAGAGAAAACCAGGGAAGGACCCUGGAGCUCCAGACUGUAAGUACGGAGAGACGGUGUACUGCCACACCUCACCUUUCCUGGGCUCCCUGCACCCCGGACAGCUGCUGCCGGCUUUUGAGAACAACCUUUUCCGUGCCCCCAUCUACCUCCACAAGAUGCCAGAGACAGAUUUCCUGGUGCUGCGUACACGGCAGGGCUACUUCAUUAGAGAGCUGGUGGACAUCUUUGUGGUCGGCCAGCAGUGUCCCCUCUAUGAGGUCCCUGGACCCAACUCCAAACGAGCCAACACCCAUAUCAGAGACUUCCUGCAGGUGUUUAUCUAUCGGUUGUUCUGGAAGAGUAAAGAUCGUCCUAGGAGAAUCCGCAUGGAGGACAUAAAGAAAGCUUUCCCCUCACAUUCAGAAAGCAGCAUCCGCAAACGCCUCAAACUCUGUGCUGACUUUAAGCGUACAGACAGGCGCCAGGAAAGAGAGAGGUCAGCAUAUUAUGGCUAUGGAGUUUACUGUGGAGGGAUGGACUCUAACUGGUGGGUGCUGAAGCCUGACUUCAGGCUGCCUACUGAGGAGGAGAUCAGGGCCAUGGUGUCUCCAGAGCAGUGCUGUGCCUACUACAGCAUGCUGGUGGCAGAGCAGAGACUGAAGGAUGCUGGAUAUGGUGAAAAGUCCUUCUUCGCCCCAGAGGAAGAAAAUGAGGAAGACUUCCAGAUGAAGAUUGAUGAUGAGGUCCGCACAGCCCCUUGGAACACGACGCGAGCCUUCAUCGCUGCCAUGAAGGGGAAGUGUCUGCUGGAGGUCAUGGGGGUGGCCGACCCCACAGGCUGUGGUGAGGGAUUCUCUUACGUCAAAGUGCCCAACAAGCCCACUCAACAAAAGGCCCAGGACGACCGGGAGCCACAACCCGCUAAGAAGACUGUGACAGGGACAGACGCUGAUCUGAGAAGACUAUCACUAAAAAACGCCAAGCAGCUGCUGCGCAAGUUUGGUGUUCCAGAGGAAGAGAUAAAGAAGCUGUCUCGUUGGGAGGUGAUUGAUGUGGUGAGGACCAUGUCCACAGAGCAGGCGCGCUCUGGCGAGGGGCCCAUGAGCAAGUUUGCCCGCGGGUCCCGCUUCUCUGUAGCCGAACACCAGGAACGCUACAAGGAGGAGUGCCAGAGGAUAUUUGACCUGCAGAACAAAGUAUUGGAUUCUACCGAGGUCCUGUCCACAGAUACAGACAGCAGCUCAGCAGAAGACAGUGACUUUGAGGAGAUGGGGAAGAACAUUGAAAACAUGCUGCAGAACAAGAAAACCAGCUCCCAGCUGUCCAGAGAGAGGGAGGAGCAGGAGAGGAAGGAGCUGCAGAGGAUGCUGAUGGGAGAGGAGAGCGACCGCGACCACAAGGGACGCAAAGCACGCAAGGGCUUCUCCAGUGCCUUGUCCUCGGGCUCCCAUAAAGAUGACGACACCUCCUCAGUCACCAGCCUGAACUCGUCCGCUACGGGACGGCGGCUCAAAAUCUACCGCACCUUCAGGGACGAGGACGGCAAGGAGUAUGUCCGCUGUGAGACAGUCCGCAAACCCUCCGUCAUAGACGCCUACACCAGGAUCAGAACCACCAAGGAUGAUGAGUUCAUAAGAAAGUUUGCUGUGUUUGACGAGCAACACAGAGAGGAGAUGAGGAAGGAGCGGAGAAGGAUCCAGGAACAGCUGAGGAGGCUGAAGAGGAACCAGGAGAAGGACAGGUUCAAGGGCCCCCCGGAGAAGAAGCCGAAGAAGGUCAAGGAGAGGCCAGACCUCAAGCUGAAGUGCGGAGCAUGCGGUGCCAUCGGGCACAUGCGAACCAACAAGUUCUGCCCGCUAUACUAUCAGACCAACGCCCCGCCCUCCAACCCGGUUGCCAUGACAGAGGAGCAGGAGGAGGAGCUGGAGAAGACUGUCAUCCACAACGACAACGAGGAACUCAUCAAGGUGGAGGGAACCAAGAUCGUCCUGGGCAAGCAGCUUAUCGAGAGUGCUGAUGAGGUGCGUAGGAAAUCCCUGGUGCUGAAGUUCCCCAAACAGCAUCUUCCCCUCAAGAAGAAGAGACGUGUGGGGACCACUGUACACUGUGACUACCUCAAUAGGCCCCACAAAUCCAUCCACCGCCGACGUACUGACCCCAUGGUCACCCUUUCCUCAGUCCUGGAGAGCGUCAUCAACGACAUGCGGGAUCACCCUAAUACAUACCCCUUCCACACACCGGUCAAUGCCAAGGUGGUGAAGGACUACUAUAAGGUCAUCCCUCGUCCCAUGGAUCUACAGACGCUACGGGAGAAUGUGCGCAAGCGUGUGUACCCCUCCCGGGAGGAGUUCAGAGAGAACGUGGAGCUCAUCGUCAAGAACAGCGCCACAUACAAUGGUGCCAAGCAUCCAAUAACCCAGGUGGCGCAGACUAUGCUGGACCUUUGUGAUGAGAAACUGAAAGAGAAGGAAGACCGGCUGGUGAGACUGGAGAAAGCCAUCAAUCCCCUGCUGGACGAUGACGACCAGGUGGCCUUCUCCUUCAUCUUGGACAACAUCGUCACUCAGAAGAUGAUGGCCGUGCCUGACUCUUGGCCGUUCCACCAUCCAGUCAACAAGAAGUUUGUUCCAGAUUACUACAAAGUGAUAGUCCAACCCAUGGACCUGGAGAAUGUCCGCAAGAACAUAUCCAAACACAAGUACCAGAACCGGGAUGUGUUCCUGUUUGACGUCAGCCUGGUCCACACCAACAGUGUCAAGUACAACGGUCCAGACAGUCCUUACACCAAGACGGCCCUGGAGAUAGUCAACGUGUGCAAGCAGACCCUGGCAGAGUAUGAUGAGCACUUGACCCAGCUGGAGAAGGACAUCUCCACAGCUAAAGAGGCUGCUCUGGAUGCAGCAGACCUGGAUAGCCUGGACCCCAUGACUCCUGGAACCUACACACCACAGCCUGCCAAUGUGUUUGACAGCAGUGCCUCUGUGAGCCUGCACAGAGAGACCAGACUGUUCUCUGAGGUUAAGGCAUCUCUAAUGGCUGUUCCAGAGAAGAGGGGGUUAGGGAAGGGUCGUCAUAGAAGACUAGGAGAGGAGGAGUCGGACGUGGACAUCGAGGGCUUCGAGGAGGAGUAUGACGGCAAGCCCAAGACACCAACUCCUGCUGAGGAUGGUGAGGGAGACCUGGAGUAUGAGGAGGAUGAAGAGGAGAUGCUGUUGCCGCCGCCCCGCAGACGACUGCAGGGCCACGAGGAUGAUGAUUAUGAUGAGGAUGAAGGCUCCAGUCGGCCAACCCAGGCCAGUGUGCUGUACCAGGACCUGCUCAUGUCAGACGGAGAGGAUGACGCCAGCGAAGAGGAGGGAGACAACCCGUUCUCCUCGAUCCACCUGUCGGAGAGUGGCAGUGACUCAGACAGAGAGGUGGAGGUGCGUCCCCCGCCCCCUCCCAGACCCCACCAAGAGACGGCCCGCAUGGGCCUGGAGCAGGACGACAGCAUGAUGUCAUACGGGGAAGAGGUGCCGGAUGAGACCCACCUGGAGGACAGUAAUGUCAGUUAUGGGAGCUAUGAGGAGCCGGAGGGUCAGACCCAGACCCAGACCUCCAGCAUGGGCAAUGGAGAGGGAUAUGGCAUGAGUGAGGAAGAGGAGGAAGAUGAGGAAGAGGCAGCUCGGAGGAGAGGUCCCAGUGUGCUGUCCCAGGUGCAGCUGAGUGAGGAUGAGGACAGCGAAGAGUUCAGGUCCAUUGGGGGUGACAGUGACAUGGACUCAGACAACUAGAGAAGUGUUCCACCGCACACACACACACUUAAAGACGCAAAUGCGCUCUACAAUCAUUAUAACAGACAGAUCCACAUCCAUACAUGUGAGCUCAGGCUCACUGAAUGAAUACACCUUAAACUUGCAGGCUGAAUUACAUGCAUGUACUGUCAUAACUUUAUCUCAUGUCAGUCAAUCCCCCAAUGAUAGUUCAGACUGUUUGCUGUCCAGUCAUUACCACACCUAUGAAGUCUCUAUGAUAAACUCCUCUGUGAGCUCAAUAUUGUACAAAAUGUUCAAUCAAACUGAAGUGAGCUUGUUUAUCUAUAAUGGCAGGAUUAAAUUGGAGUUGAUGCUUUAAAUCAAUGUUUUCUACUGGUUAUGCUCUUUUCAGUGUACCGACACAUGUAUAUAUUUUUUUACAAUUAUGUACCUUGAAUAAAGUUGUAUUUUAUGGUUGUGCAGAACUUUGGCCAAAAUGUAGAUAUUUGAAUAGUCAGCUUUGACAAUUGUUUGUUUUCAGUGCCAGGUCUCAUCUCAACCUUUUGUCUUGAGACACUGGGUUAAGUGAUCGAAAAAUACUGUUAUUCCCCAUUAAAGUUUAUGAUUGCAUCCUGGAUUUUCAGGCAUUUUAGAUGUUUCCAGCACUGUUAUUAGGAAACUCUCAAACUUCCAAGGAGAUCCUAAAUAAAAACCAGAUAUGAUGCCA